AUCCUUCUUUGGGAAUGCAUACUCUCCACCUCUUACUAUUUGUGUCAUGCUGGAUGGUAGAGUCGACAAUCUCAUUGAAAUCCACGAUAUGUCCAGAGCUGCGACCUCACGGGGCUAAUGUGAGCGUGGGAGUAAUCAUCGAUGGGAGCUCGAGAAUCGGAAAAGAGCAAAAGAUAGCCAUGAAAAUUGCUGCCAAAGAUUUGAGCCAUUGUUUGAACAUGGCUUUGCACAUCAAAGAUUUACAUGGUAAUUCAGCUCUUGCUGCUAAUGCUGCACUGAAUCUCAUAAACCACAAACAUGUCGACACGAUCAUCGGAACCCUAACACUUGAACAAGCCACAUUCCUCUCCCACCUCAAAACCCCACCACCCAUCAUCUCCCUCUCCCCGGCCGCCUCACCUCCGCCACAACCUCCCCUGUCCUUCAACCAGAUGACCCUCCCCGCGGCCCACCAAAUCCGAUGCAUCGCCUCACUCAUCGCCCAUUUCCACUGGAAAAAUCUCAUCUCCAUCUCCCAAGACCCAACCCUCUUCCUCCCCCUCUCCCGCGCUCUCCACGCCCUCGACAUCUCCAUCGACCUCCAUGCCACCGCCCCCGUCCCCCACGCAUCCAUGGAGACCGAGCUAAAAAAGAUGAUCGGCGCCACCAACUCAAGGGUCUUCGUCGUCAUGCAUUGCUCUCUCGAAUUUGCAGCGAUCUUGUUCGAGAAAGCUCGGGUUUUGGGAUUGAUGGAGAAGGGCUUCGUCUGGAUCGUGGCGGACGAGAUCUCGAAUCUUCUAGAUUCCGCCGAUUCAUCGCUUCUACUCAACAUGGAAGGAGUUCUUGCCAUAAAAUCAGAUUAUUCAACUGAUCACAACAAUUUCAAAGCGUUCAAAUCUAAAUUCAGAAGAAAAUACGAAUCCAGUUUUCCAUCAGAAGAAAAUCCGACACCGAGCAUUUACGCCCUCCGCGCCUACGACGCCAUCUUUGUCGGCGCCGGCGCCGGCGGUGAAGAUUCCGAAGGCCUCAGUGGAAAAUUAAUCUUCAAAAACGGCUUCCUCUCACAAAAGCCAGUUUUCCACAUUGUGAAUGUGAUCGGAAAGAGCUACAGAGAAGUGGCGGUGUGGUCGCCGGAGUUGGGUUUCUCCGGCGAUCAGCUGCGUUCGAUCUUCUGGCCGGGCGGAGAGCGGUUGGUUCCGAGAGGGUGGAGCUUGGGGAGCAGAGAGAGGCCGUUGAGGAUUGGCGUUCCGGCUAGAGGCCUGUUCAAUCAGUUCGUGAAGGUCACGUACGAUUCCGGUUCGACUCGGAUCACCGGAUUUUCGAUCGAGGUUUUCGAAGCGGCGGUGAAUAAACUGCCGUACGAUCUUCAAUAUGUAUUAGUUCCAUUUAAUGGCUCCUAUGAUGAAAUGCUUGCUCAAGUUCACAAUAAGAGCUUGGAUGCAGCAGUAGGUGAUACCGAAAUAAUGGCAAACCGGUACGUUCACGCGGAGUUUUCACAGCCUUAUAUAGAGUCGGGGCUGGUGAUGGUGGUGACGGUGAAACCCGGACUUAAAGACUCCAAAUUUAUAGCUUUGAACCCCUUCACCAAGAUGAUGUGGCUGCAGUUCGCCGCCGUCAGCACAGCCACUGGAUUCGUCAUCUGGCUCAGUGAAUUCGCAACCGGCAACGACCAAUUCACCAGAAAUUCCAUUUUCCAAACUAUCUGCUCUAUUCUCUGGCUCUCUGUCACCAUAAUCUCCUUGUCACAAAGAGAGAACAUCAAGAACUCAACGUCCAAGCUCGUGCUGGCGGUGUGGAUAUGUGUGACUUUUGUGGUGGCAGCGAGUUUCACGGCUGUCCUAAGCUCGAUGAUGACCGUUCCGAGAUUGGAGCCAUCUGUAAGGGAGAUAGACGUUUUAAGGAACUCCAAUGCAGCUGUAGGAUGCAAUGUCAAUUCCUUCAUCUGUGGUUAUCUCAUCAAUGUCCUAAACUUCAAACCCAACAAUAUCAAGCAGGUCAAUUCCAUUGACGAGUAUUCCCGAGUUUUAGACAACGGUGAGAUUAAAGCCGCUUUCUUUGUCGUGCCACAUGCCAAGGUGUUCCUCGCCAAGUAUUGCAACGGCUACAUUGUUUCGGGGCCUAGUUUCAAACUAGGUGGCUUUGGAUUUGCAUUCCAAAAGGGAUCUCCAUUAGCAAUUGAUAUAUCAGAAGCAAUACUCAAAGUAUCACAGAGUGGACAUGUUGGCACAUUGGAGCAGAAAAUGCUCCAUCACUCCAACUGCACUUCGUCGCCGGCAGCCUCACAGAAGGCUGCCGACGACAUAAGAUUAGGCCCCGGGCCGUUCUCCGGCCUGUUCUUGAUCCUAGGUUGCAUCCUAGGUUUUGCAUUCAUCAUUGCAAUCGUUCGUUUGGCGAGGGCGAGGUGGACCAGUUUUCGCGAUGCGGUGUGGGCUUCAAUGGUAGUGAUCAAAGAUUUUUGCACAAGAUUUGGGGCCACAUGUUCGUCAUGAAACGAAUUCGGUUCGUGUCAUAUAUGUUACAUCUACUUCUGAUGAAAUACAUGUAUCAACGUAGUGUAGACUAGUUUGUGAUUUUUGCAUUUACACACAUGCAUAAUUAAGUGUGUUUGUAUAUAAAUUUUCAUUUCAACAUGUAAGAAAAUGAAUGUUUUCUUGCUUUAGCAAA